CGACGGAGGCCUGUUAACUCCAAACUUCCUCGCGUGUUAUACGUCCUCAUAUGCGUGUCGUCCCAGGGUUAGAUCGGUAGCGGCGUGUUAAAUACUGAUCGCCGAUUGCGAGUAUCCUUCGAGCAGCGAUUACACGCGCGUACGACAUCACGAUAAUUUUGAUCGAAUAUCCGAGUUAUAUGUUUUAUAGAUAUGAAUAAGCAGGCAUAUACGAACAGUGGAUAAGGUCGAACAGAGGAUUAUUUGCCGAUUGUGAAGUGUCGCGGGAUCGGAGAAAGAGUAAAUUACCGGUCAUCGACCGUACAAUCGCACAAAGUGGGGAGGAUUACUCUACCCUGAAAAUCGGAUUCGCACCCCGUCGCAGCAUAUCCCACGGGUCCCUCUACAAGGCGGGGGAGGGGGGGGAAAGAAAAAAAACGCCGACGUACAGAGCGUUGGGACCCGAAAAUCCGGCCGGUUGGAGGUGGACGAAUUUAUCAAAAGAAGCCAAGACAGUCUCAUCAUGAAGGCCAACGCGCAAUUACAGCAAUUCAAAAAAUGUUUGAUUCUAUUCACGGUUGGGAUAACAUGCAGCGCAUUGGCGUACGCGAUCUAUGUGAUAAAUCCAAUCAAGGUGAUAGUCGAACAAAAGCUGAGAAUGGCUCCCGGUACGCUGGUAUUUUCACUGUGGGAAAAACCGCCGGUGGACAUUUACAUAAAGGUCUACAUAUUCAAUAUCACGAAUCCCAACGAGUUCAUCGCGGGCACCGAGAAGCUGAGGGUCGAGGAGAUCGGCCCGUACGUUUACCAGGAAAUGCUCGAGAACCAUAACAUAACGUGGAAUCCCAACGGGACGGUUUCCUAUCGUCCUAAGAGGCUGGUCUACUUCGUUCCCGAGAUGUCUGUUGGCGAUCCGAAAGACGCGAUACUUCGGGUGCCGAACGUUCCGUUGCUGGGAGUGGCGUCAGCCCUACACGACAGCAGCUCCUUCGUGACGGUUCCGCUGUCGGGUUUCAUCGAGUUGCUGGAUAGUCAAACGAUCCUGAACAUCACCGCCUACGAUUAUCUCUGGGGGUACGACGACACUCUGGUUCAUCUGGCGAGCAACCUGGUUCCAAACUUCGUCAACUUCCGCAAAUUUGGUCUGAUGGAUAGGCUUUACGACGAGGGGAAUAAUCUCAUGACGAUGAAUAUAAAAAAGAAUGAAAACAUGACGGAUGAAGAUGGACGGUAUCUUAGCAUCGAGACGCUCAACGGAAAUCCGGGACUAUCAAACUGGGGUUGGGUGCAGACCGAAGCCAAUGAGACGAACCCAUUAAACACGAAAUGCAACCGCCUCCGUGGUUCGACAGAAGGUACUUUGUUCCCUCCGAACCUCGACAAGCACGCUGUAUUCCGUGUGUUCAGAAAGGCUUUCUGCCGGACUUUGCCGAUCAAUUUCGUGAAGGAAGUGACUACGGAAAGCGGGCUUCCCGGUUACAUGUACAAUUUCGUGGAAAAUUUCCUCGAUCCGCCCGAUGUCAAUCCCGACAACGAGUGCUACUGUCGCGAGAAGAAGAAGUGCCUGAAAAUGGGGCUUUCCGACAUGACGCCGUGCUACUACAAUGUGCCAGCUGCAAUGUCAAUGCCACAUUUCUACAAGGCCGAUCCGAGCCUGCUAGAGGCCGUCGACGGUCUGAAGCCAGACGAAGAGAGACACGAUACCAGAAUCAUCCUUCAACCGACCGUCGGAAUACCUUUGCACGUCAACUCGAGAAUGCAAACUAAUCUGGUCAUGGAAAACGUCCAGUGGAGUGAAAGGAUUAAACCUUUCAACGACCUGACGAUACCGCUGAUCUGGACGGAUUUGUUCAUCCCCGAACUGCCGAGCGAUCUGAUCCUGCUGCUGAGGCUGGGACUACAGAUCGGCCCGGUCGUGCAGACGGUGGUUAUCAGUAUUUUGGGUGUGAUUGGUGUGACUACCUUCAUUUUCUCCCUCUUGAAAACCGUCUGGAUUGUUCACCAGCAGGCCGAAGAGGACAGCAAAUCGGAAGAUUCGAACGACCUUAAAAUCUCACUGGGUUACGGCCAGUACAGUUCAAUCAGGAUUUUACCAGCCAUCAAAAAAAUAACGUCGAGAACGGAUCUCUUCGCAAGGGGAUAACAAAGGAGCUGCAGUAUCAACCCGAGGACAGAUACCGUAAACUGUGAUUCUUGUUGCUCGGAAAAUAAACUUCAAAUUGAUCAAACUGUCAUUUUAACGACCGUGAAAAAAAUUUUGCGGAAACUGCCGACAGAAGAUAUUCAAACAAUGAAAACAAAAUUUAAGAAAUCGCUGUAUAAAAAAAGGCCUGAAAGGCGGUUCAGUUAUACCUACGUAUGAAUUGCGAAGGGGCAUAAUUUAUGUUCUCACCCAACGUGUUUUUCGUUCAAGUAUGUGUCAAACGUUCGAUAAGUUUGAUAAUCCUACCUAGAAGAUUCCGUAUCGUAAAAAUGAUCCGCGAGAUUUCGUCAGGAUCCUAAUACGCGUUUGAAUAAAUUCAAUCGGCACCCGGACUUUUCGGAAGCAUCGCUAGCCAAAUUUUCACAAGUUACUGGCGGCUCAACUCGUCAAUGGCUUGCCACCUACUUUUGCAAAGCCAAGCCUGAAUUGAAGUAAUUUAGGUUAAUCAAGGGGAUAUCAGUGACAUUCCAGAAUAACCGAAUCUUCAGUGACGAAUGCGAAGAAGAGCCCGUAACAACCGCGUCGAAGCAAUCGGUGUAUAAUUGAUUUAUCACGCGUAUUUCUGUGUACACGUAUUCGAAGAGCGUAGAAAAAAAUGACAAAAGUACAAGUGCGUGUGCGUGUAUACUAUAAACACUCAGUGCUGUAUGAGUAAAGUAUAUAAUUUUGCGGUUAGAAGAUUUCACCUGAAUGAGAAAAAAAAAAUUGAUCCGUACCGAUCGAAACUGUUCGAUCUUUCAUCGCAAGCAAGUGUCCGUAAUGUUUAAUCUCUGUCAAUUUUGUAUAGCACACAGUGAACACUUAAGACUGAUUGGAAAUAGAAUCCACCAUAAUGAAAAACGUUACUGUUAUAUUAGAAGCGAUUUAAAAAAAAAGUAAGAUUUCGCGAUAGUGUCGGAGCAAAUUAGUCGUGUAGCGCGACAUUCCACGCUACCGAGUCCUCUAUCCCACCGCAAUUUCUAAUAAUCGCGGUUUUCGCUUCUCUUGAUUCGCGCUCUUUUCUUCCGAUGGCCAAAUUGCUGCGAUUUAAAAAUUAUUAUUAUUACAACGGAAUUGAUGAUGAGAUUUAGGACUCGGUCGGAUUGGAUUGGCAUAAUAGUCUGCACGGCAUUGACAACUAAGUGCUCCGAUUGACAAUGCAUCUAAGGAUAAUUAGGUUCCACGUUCACACAUUAGAUGUAAGUAUUUAUCUAUGUAGGUAUAAAGAUACAUGGUAUAAAGGGGUAUUGUACGUUAGAUAUAAAUUUCGUCGUAUGUAUAAUACGUAUAUACAUAUGUACGUAAUGUAUUUAUUUGAACGAUCAUUAUUAAACAUAAUGUGUAUAAAUUUUUUGCUGUACACAUAUGUAAUACGUUCGAUAAAAUAAUUAUUAAAAUAAUAAAUUUGUACGAAACACCUGGUGGAAAAUCAAAUGUUUCAAUAAAGGAUAUUACAUAUCGUUUAA